UAACAUUACAACCUUCUUGGUAUUAAACACAAUCUUUAUCACCCACAAGGCUUGCUUCAAGUCCUCCAUAUGGAGGUACCAAAACUAAAGCCAUGUACUCGCUCUAAAAGUCCAAGCAUCAUUUCAGUCUCAGAAACCCUACCAUGCCUGAAUAGCUCAAUGGAGAUUCAAAAAGUACAGGGUAAACAAAUGGAAAAACAAGAUCAAAAGCAAGAAGUAGAGAAGAACCCUGAUUUUAUAUUGGAUUUAAACCUCUGUAGCAAGGAUUCAGAUCAAGACAUCAAGCCAGAACUCAAUCUCAUUGAUUGUUUUCGCAUGAGUUCAUCAAGAAAUUCACUAGAGACUCCUCAAGGUAAUAAAGGUGAGCCACCACAAGUCUUCCCAUGCAACUACUGCCAAAGAAAAUUCUACAGUUCACAGGCCCUUGGAGGCCAUCAAAAUGCACACAAACGAGAGCGGACAAUAGCAAAACGAGGGCAGCAGGUGGGUGGCGCCGCCCCAGCGACAGCGUUUGGCCAUGGCUCACACUCCCACCGUUACUCAAGCAUGGCUGCUCUUCCUCUACAUGGUUCCUUCAACAGGUCUCUUGGCAUUCAGGUCCACUCUAUGAUCCAUAAGCCAACUUUCUUAGCAUCCACUUCUGGUUUUUCUCCCAUGUAUGGACAUAAUGGGUGGUCUAGAAAGCCUAUUGAUCAGCAACCGGCGAUCGGGCGGCUUGCACCGGGGAAUUAUCAGUUUGGGGCAUCUGUAGGAUCGUCAUCAGGUGGUGGCGCUGCUAGAUUCGAUGGCUUUCACAAGUUUUCUCCGGUAGGCGAUGGAGUUAAAGAACUUAAAGGAUAUAGGCUCGAUAGUGGUAACCCUUUGAAGACUAAUCAAGAUGAGUUACAGAAGCUAGACUUGUCCCUCAAACUCUAA